CACUGUAUCCACUGAUCUCACUGCGCCGUUAACUACCUUAACACUUGGGUAGUUGUUACGAUUGUGUCCGAUCAAUUCGAGGACAUGUUUAUAUAGCCAACUGCUUCCAUGUUACCUUGAUAUCCUUCGAGUUUGUAUCUUAAGACUGAAUUUCAGGACUUUGCUGCCGGUGACACGUAAACCCAUCUUCUCUCUCCAUGAUGUUAAAGGUUCACUUUUAAAGAGAGCUUACGAAGCAAUUUCGCCUAGAACUAGCGCAAUCCUUCCAAGCAAGCACAGCCAUACGGAAUUGAGGGCCGUUCGCACGAACGCAGGUAAGCUCGUAUUCUUAAGACAAUCACACGGCGGCAUCCGGCAACGAUAUAUAGUCUUCUGUCUGUUCAGCUCGAUACACUGGUCGUGUGCAGUCUUAAUUGCAGCUCCGAGCUAUUUGCAAGAUGGUUCAUUUAAAUUCAAUUUUCGUCCACAGCGUUAUCGCUGUAGCAGCCACGGCUUAUAAACUGCCUGAACUUUCGGGUCCAUAUGCCGUGGGAACGGAGACCCUCGAUCUGACAGAUUACUCACGCCUCGACCCGCUUGCACCUAGUACACCGCAGCUUCGAGAGCUCAUGGUGACAAUUUUCUAUCCCACCUCUAAUGACACACUCCAAAACGGCAAUCACACUUUUGCGCCCGAUUUCACGCCCACGGCAGCGACGUACGUGGACGCCUAUUUCGGUCUCCCAAGCGGAACCGCGGCUGAGAUCGAAACACGAUCCAUCCCUCAUGCGCCCAUCUUGAACAAGAAAUUCCCCAUCCUACUCUUUGGGCACGGCUUCGGCGGUACACGUGUCAUUUACACUGCCCAACUGGAAGAUCUUGCGAGCCGCGGAUGGAUCAUUGCUUCUAUAGACCAUACGUAUGAUGCCAGCUAUGUCGAGUUCUCAGACGGCCGUGUGGUGCCCACGCCAUACACGAAUUCGAGCCAGCUUCCUGGCGGCGUCGAGGGCGCAGUUAAAGUAAGAGUGGAUGAUCUCAACUUCGUUGCGGAUGCACUCCGCAAUGUCACAGUCUUGUCGAGAAUCCCAGGGCUCAACUCAUCUAGCUGCCGACCACAGCUCCACACCGAUCAGAUCGGCGUCUUUGGUCACUCGUUGGGAGGAAAUGCAGCAGCGACGGCAAUGGCCAAUAACACCAGGUUCCGGUGCGGCGCCAACUUCGACGGGACCAUAUUUGGGUCUGUCGCCCAGACCGGCUUGGAUCGACCUUUUCUCCAGAUGGCUGCGCAAGACCACAAUCAGACAAACGAUGCAUCGUGGGCCGAGUUCUGGGACAACCUGAGAGGAUUUCGUCGUGAAUACACCGUCAAGAACACGGUACAUCUGUCUUUCACAGACAGUCCGAUCAUUCGGGACUCGGUCGGCGAUGCGUUUCCUGCCGGCCAAGAUGCCAUCUAUGGGUCGAUCUCCGGGGAUAGAGUACUGCGGAUCGAAACUGCAUAUAUUGAUGCAUUCUUCGGGUAUUGCUUGAAAAAUAAGCCAGCAGCAGAUCUCGAUGCCCUAUCCGGGAUUCAAUUUCCGGAAGUCUCAGUGGGUCAUUGACAUCGUCAUGACAAGUUUACUAAGGUUACAAUUUCAUAUUCAAGAAAAGUAGAAAUCAAGUGUGACACUUACGGUCAGAGACCCAUUUAGUGAUAUUGUAAUACAUUCAGUAUAUCUAAUUCAGGUUGUUAUCA